CACAUGACACACUGGCAAAAAUUACAGUCAUUCUUCGUGCGUCGGAGAUGCCUUGCAAAGCAGAAGGUUUAAAGGCUGGACGACAAAAGACGCCGCACUUCCUCAUUUGUCAUAUGACUCGGUUCAUUGCCGGUCUCUUUUUGGAGCUGAACGCUUCUUUGAGGGAUGGUGAAUCGCUCUUAAGAUAGAAAUUGACCUGGCUGUCGCUGUCGCCGGCGCCGCGCCCUAAUCUGAUCGCAGAUUUCCUUGACGCCUUUGGGAAGCUAGCUGCUGCUGCUGGUGGAGCAGCUUGACAAAAUGAUUAUGAGUCCUGCGGGGAAGUCGCUCCUCAACAUCAUCGUCCUGGGCUUCGGCUUCAUGUUCAUGUUCACCGCCUUCCAGACCUGUGGCAACGUAGAGCAAACGGUGAUAAAGAGUUUCAACAGUUCUGAAUUCCACGGGAGUGGAUAUACAAGUAUGGCCAUUAUUUAUGGAGUCUUCUCUGCGUCCAACCUAAUUGCACCUUCCGUGGUAACUGUUAUCGGUCCACAGCUUUCCAUGUUCAUCAGUGGGCUAUUGUACAGUGGCUACAUUGCUGUGUUCAUCCAUCCUUUCACCUGGUCCUUCUACACAGCUUCGGUGGUGGUUGGAAUAGCAGCUGCAGUGUUGUGGACGGCACAGGGGAACUUGCUUACCAUAAACUCCACAGAUGCCACUAUUGGGCGAAACAGCGGCAUCUUCUGGGCCCUGCUGCAGUGCAGUUUAUUCUUUGGCAACAUCUAUAUAUACUUUGCUUGGCAUCAGAAACUCCACAUAUCAGACAAGGACCGUCAGACUGUGUUCAUCUCGCUCACUAUCAUCAGCCUCGUCGGUACUUUCCUAUUCUUCUUGAUCCAGCGACCGGAACCUGAAACCACUUCGUCUGACCCUACGUCUUUAGAAGCUUCUGAGUCCUUAUUACCAGCAGACUCCAAUGAAGCUAACUCAGUCCUUGCACCACCCCAAGGACUGUGCUCCCAGGCACUAGAUGCUUUCAAGAAAGCUGUCAGGUUGUCGGUUACCAAGGAAAUGCUUCUGCUGAGCACAUCCAUAGCCUACACAGGCCUGGAGCUCACCUUUUACAGUGGCGUGUAUGGGACCUGCAUUGGGGCGAUGACACUCUUCGGGGACGAUGCUAAGGGCCUCAUUGGCCUUUCUGGCAUUUUCAUUGGCAUAGGGGAAAUUCUGGGAGGGGGUGUGUUUGGGCUGCUUAACAAGUGCAACCAAUAUGGUAGGAACCCAGUAGUGUUGUUGGGGCUACUCACACACUUCCUGGCCUUCUACCUCAUCUUCCUAAACAUCGCCAGUGAUGCACCCAUUGCCCCUGAGGAAGGGACCCAACUCCAAGCUUACAUCACACCCAGCAUUGAAGUGGCACUCCUGUGCAGCUUCCUACUGGGACUGGGUGACAGUUGCUUCAACACUCAGCUGUUGAGCAUUGUAGGAUACAUGUUUCGUGAAGACAGUGCUCCUGCCUUUGCAGUCUUCAAAUUUGUACAGUCCAUCACCGCAGCUGUGGCCUUCUUCUACAGCAACUACCUGCUGCUUCACUGGCAGUUGCUCAUCAUGGCGUUGGUGGGAUUCCUGGGCACGAUCACCUUCUUCGCCGCAGAGCUGCUGGUGGCGGCAGGCCGACGAGACACUGACUAUAGCAGCAUCUGAGUGCUGUGGAGCAGCAGAGCUGGCACUGGGUCCUCUUCCAGCCAUCUCCACCCAAGAGAACACACCUUCUAUGACUGGCAGAACCACAGAAAACUGAGUUCACCAGACUUCUAAAUCAGUGCAUGUUUGAAACUCAUCUGCUGCCGUUCAGACGUUAAAGGGGAAACAUGCUGUAGUACCUUGUUUUUUACUUUUAAUCUAAACACAUGUGGUUCAACUUCUGGAAGAGUACAGUACAGUUGGGGUAAAUGAAUGAGUGGUUUGCUUUCACUGGUCAGAAAAAUCACUGAUCUCAGCAGAUAAUCAGGUGGGAAAUUGGAGUAUAAUGUGGACACCAGCACAGGCAGGAGCCUGUCCAGCUGUUUGUUUUUCUGUCUAAAAGUACCAUAAAGGGAGUAAUACAGGUAAAUGUAAUUUUAGACCUUAAGUACACUGUACUUAAAGUGAAAGUUUACGUGUUUUUGUAUAUCUUGCACAGAGCAAAAUUGGGAAACGUACUGAUUUAGACUGGUCUGUUUACAGAAUUGGAUACAACUGAAUUCUAGCUUUUGUCAAAGAAGAAUUUAAAAAAUUAAGAUUGCUUGGAGUAGCUUGCCUGGUUCAGUCUGUUUUAUGAGAUAAACAGGGCAGUGUUUUAACCAAGGUCUUAUGUGACUUGAGUAUUUGUGCAUUCUUACAUUUUCUUAAGUAUGGAAGAGGAUCAGAGAGAAGCGUUCUUUCCUAUUUAUGUACAUGAUGCACAUUUUGUGUUCAUAAUCGCGGGUUGAUCGAGGUAUGGAGUCCAGAGCAUUAGCCAUGUUUUCAUGAGGUAGUGUAUGCAAAUGUUAAAUGACUACAACAGUAGAGUAAGAGGUGGCAUAACCCUUUCUUGUUUUCCUGUGUAUUUUUCUGGGUAAACUUGGAUGCAGGAGCCCUGAGAAAGUAAGUCAGUAGUAUGACUGUUGCAAGUGUACUGGUGUUCUGCUGGAUAUGCAAUAAAAACACCGGGAACCUUUUCAGUCCUGUUGCCCAAAGCCUCACAGCCAAUGUACCAUAUGAUUACUUUGAAACUGCUCAGAGUGUAAUCCAUGAGUUCUUGGCCAAAA